GUACCGCCAACGAUCUUCCUCGGCUUGCUUCUCGGUCUUUGGACGUACAAGUGCUUGAUGACGAUUGUCUUCCAGGACAAAAUCAUUUACCUCCCAUAUUUGCCACCGUUCGCCCGUUACGAGAAAUUGGACGACUAUGCUGCCAUCUGCCGGCCUGCCCGAUGGAGGCAGGAAAACAUCACCUCGAUGGAUGGGACAAAACUCGCCAUUUGUGUAGGUGAAAUUGGUCAGGCAAGCACUGGAAAUCUGCCUCAUGCCAGCGCCUCAUGUCAGCGGAAGCGCGUGGUCAUAUGUUACUUCCAGGGCAACGGUGGUUCAACUCCUCCAAGACUUCCACUGCUAUCUAAUGUGCUAAAUCAUCUGCACUCGAGGGUGACUGAUAGUACGCCCUAUACAGAGUUCGUCAUCAUCGCGCUUUCAUAUCGAGGUUAUUGGAAGUCAUCGGGUCGGGCCACCGAGAUUGGGAUCCAGAAGGACUCGCAGGCAUUGCUUCAUCACGUUGCGGCUCGAUAUGGUGGUGAGUCUGAUAUCGACUUGCAGGUCAUCUUAUGGGGUCAAAGCAUCGGUGCCGGUAUCGCAUUGUCGGCAGCCUCGACACAUCUGCGACACACAUCAGCUUCCACAAGAGUGAACGGCGUCGGUGUGCAUUUGAAUUUACCACUCCUCAUUCUGGAGACGCCAUUCACGAGUAUCAAAGCCAUGCUCCUGACGUUAUAUCCUCAGAAGUGGCUCCCAUAUCAAUAUCUCUGGCCCUUCCUGUGGAAUCACUGGGAUUCCGAAAAGGAGUUGCGCAAGCUUGCCGCUGUAGAUGUGCAAUACAGACCCGAUGUUCUAUUCAUUGGCGCAACGAGAGAUGAGGUCGUUCCAGCUGGCGAGGCAGAUCGACUUGAGGCAGUCAGUAAGGAGGUAGGUCUCGUCACACACCGUCGAGAUGUGAUCGGCGCGCUCCACACCGACGCGACCAUUCGGGUGGAAGGCCGAAAAAUUGUUUGUAGUUCCGUGGUAGAUGCUAUCAGUGAG